AUGUCUGCCCUACGCGCAUUUUCAAAGCAUGCCCGCUCGCUCUCGCGCACGUCCCUAUCUUCGCGUCCGAGCAGUAUAUCCUCCAUCCGCGCGUUCCACUCGCCCUUCAAGUCCCUCUCAGACUCCCCGCUCACCUCUCCCCCCCACCCGUCUUCAACCGUCUCUACGCUGUACGAGAAGCAGCUGGACCACUCUCCCGAUCCCCAGCUCUCUUCUGCCGGCACGCACACCUACGUGGUCUCUGAGCCCGACCCUGCCCACACCCCCUACGAAGUUCCCUAUGGCGCGUACCCCACCUCCGCGCCGUACCAGAACUUCCCCGCCGCCGACGGUGCAGAUGGUGAGGCCCCCCGCACUAGCAGUUCGACUGCCUCAACGAGUCACACCCUUGCUCACCCCCUCACCUCCGCACUCCCGCAGAAUCCUUCGGGCGUUAUGGAGAGCUCAGCUAUUAGACACGGCACCGCGCCUGGGGAGAUGCACCAGCGCGGUGGGAGCCACGGUGGUCUGGGUAUGAUGGAUAUGAUGGGCACGAAGAGCAAAGGCACCCUCGUUGACCGCAAUCCGCCUCCCGACUCCCCCGGAGUUGCAGAGAAGUUCUCAAAGCAGGGCGUUGACAACGCUUGGAAGGAGAGGAAAUGA